UCAUAAACAGGCGUAAACAAAUCAGUUUCACACGUGCGGUACGACAGUCCAAAUUGGCUUAAAUAAGUUUGUGUUUCUAAGUUUAUAUACGGUUCCGUUGUGUAAAUUACGCGCCUUUUUACGUGAGUGAGUGUGUGUGAGUUUUUUUCUUUGUGCAUCCUUUAAGUGAAAAAAAAGUUUUCUUAAAAUGCCUAUCGUUGAUACCGGUGAUUUAGUUAAUUUACAAAAAAAUAUCGAAAGCGUGCGUAAUAUUUGUAUAUGUGGCCCUGUUGAUCAUGGAAAAACUACUUUAGCCGAUUCGCUAGUGGCCAGCAAUGGCAUUAUAUCGCAGCGUAUGGCGGGAAAAUUACGCUAUUUGGAUAAUCGUCAAGAUGAACAGGAACGCGGUAUAACUAUGAAGAGCAGUAGCAUAUCUCUGUUCUAUCAAAGUUUUGCGGAUCAUAAGAACUUUUUGGUGAAUUUAAUAGAUUCGCCGGGUCAUGUAGAUUUCUCCAGUGAAGUUUCUACAGCGGUGAGAUUGUGCGAUGGCGCUAUUGUGGUGGUAGAUGUAGUGGAGGGUGUAUGUCCUCAAACUCGGGCUUGUCUGCAACAAGUUUUAUGUGGAACAAUUGAAACCGUGUUGGUUUUAAAUAUCGACCGUCUUAUUUUGGAGAAGCAAAUGACUCCUUUGGAUGCUUAUUUCCAUAUUACCCAAGUACUGGAACAGGUGAAUGCAGUUUUGGGCAGCAUCUUUGCUUCUGGUCUGGCUAAAGAGGAUAUUAGUCAUAAGGAUAAUUAUGAGUCAGCCUUAGAGGAUAGCGAUGAUUCACAUUUAUAUUUUUCUCCUGCUUCGGGCAAUGUUGUCUUCUGCUCAGCUUAUGAUGGUUGGGCUUUGGGUGUACGUGACUUUGCUGCCACUUAUGCUGAAAAAUUGGAAAUGUCGGUUGAAGAUUUGGAACAAGUUUUAUGGGGUGAUUACUUCUAUAAUGAAAAGAAAUGCGCCAUUGCUGGUGCUCAGGAAAAGGCUAAAAAGCCUAUGUUUGUUCAAUUUGUUUUGGAGAAUAUAUGGAGUUUGUACGACACGAUCGCUGUAAGAAAGGAUAAGGAUAAAAUACCAGUUAUUGCCGAAAAACUGGGGAUUAAACUACUAGCUCGUGAUCUACGCGUUGGUGAUCCCAAAGCACAAAUUAAAACCGUCCUGGGUCAAUGGUUACCCAUUGAUCGUACCAUUUUAGAAAUGGUGGUAAAACAUGUACCAGCCCCCAACAGUAUAAACGAUGAAAGAGCCCAGCGUUUACUCUACCCUGAAAAUGUCGAUUUGAAUACUUAUCCCAGCGAAUCGUUGGCCCUCAAAGAAGACUUUAAAAAAUGUGAUGCUCAAUCCUCGAACAUAAUAGUAUUUGUAUCGAAAAUGACACCAGUUCAUGUUACACAAUUGCCGCAAAAUAAACCAAAACGUUUAACCGAUCAAGAGUUACAGGCGAGACGUGAUGAAGUACGCAAACGUAUUGAGGAACGUAAACAGUUGGCUGCCCAAAGUUCGGAGGUGGAAAGUAUCACAGCUGGGGUACAGCAAAUGACUACAGAGGAAAAGCAACAACACGAGGAAGAGGAGAAACAAAAGGCCCUUGAGCAGGAGGAAGAAGAGAAGCCUGAAUUUGUAUUUAUAGCCUUUGCCAGAAUUUUUAGUGGCACUCUGAAAAAAGGCAUGAAAUUGUAUAAUCUGGCACCAAAACAUGAUCCUAGAAAUAAGGAAUCUCUUUCCCUGGAUUCUCCUUAUAUAACCGAAGUAACCAUUGGUGAUUUGUAUCUCUUUAUGGGUGGUGAACUACAGGCUCUAGACGAAGUGCCUGCCGGCAACAUAGUGGGCAUAGGAGGUCUAGAACAGAGUAUUGUUAAAACCAGCACCCUAAGUAAUACCAUGUACUGUACGUCGUUUAGUGAGUUGAGUGUUAUGGCUACACCCAUAUUUCGGGUAGCCAUAGAACCGGUUAAUCCCUCCGAAAUGCCUAAAUUAAUUAAAGGUCUUAAAUUACUUAAUCAAGCCGAUGCAUGCGUACAAGUAUCACUAGAAGCUACGGGAGAACAUGUCAUCACUACUUUGGGUGAAGUUCAUGUCGAAAAAUGUGUUCACGAUUUGCAGGAGAGUUAUGCCAAAAUUAAAGUAAAUGUCUCUAAACCCAUUGUAUCAUUCCGUGAGACCAUAGUGCCAGAAGCUACUGUCGACAUGGUCAAUGAAGCCAUAGUAAAAACAUCUGAAGAUAAGGAUAUUUCUAAGAAAAUUGUUACCAUGACUACCCUCAACAAACUGUCCACUCUUAAAGUUAUAGCCUUGCCUUUGCCUCAAACUGUAAUAGAUAUAAUUGAAAAAUAUCAUACCUUUAUCAAGGAAUUUUCCAGUACCGCUAAAUCCUCAAAUGUAUCGGAAAAAUCAAGGCAACUGUUGCAGCAAGUAAAAUCACAACUUUCUACAGCUUUCAAAGAUUUCGAUAACAAUGGCUUAACCACUCUCUCUCCUGAACAACUAAUUGAACGCAUUUGGUCUUUGGGCCCACGCCAUUGUGGCUCUAACAUUUUGCUAAACUUAAGUGACUACGAACAUCCCAGCUUUUGGUGGCCUUUAUUAAAUUCUACAGAUGAUUUAGAUUCACCUAAAUCGUCUGAUGUAAGACGUGAUUAUAAUAGUUCCUUUGUUAAUGGUUUUCAAUUGACCACCUCGGCUGGUCCACUGUGUGAAGAGCCAAUGCAAGGUGUUUUUGUGGUCUUAGAGUGGACUGUUGAGGCUUCGGAUGAGUUGAAUUCGAAGGCUUAUGGUCCGUUUUCCGGACAAGUUUUAACCGCUUCUAAGGAAGCCUGUCGUCAAGCUUUCCAGAAUCAACCACAACGUUUAGUCAGUCCUAUGUAUAGCUGUAAUAUUGUCGUUAAUGCUGAAGUAUUGG